UUCCGCUCUCUUUGCUUUUUUGGCUUUGCAUUGUUCUUUCCGGACCCUUUCCAACCCAUAUAAAUACCAACCAACCCCUCUCCACUUCUCACGCUCUUCCCCACACUUCAGAGUCCAGACUCGCUCCCUUCUCCCCCUUUAAGUUUCCUCUGCCAAAACAAUCUUGUUUUCUUCUCAGGAAGCUCUUGAAGUUUUAAACUUCUUCUUCAUCCAUGGCUUCCUUCAGCCCCCUUUUCUUUCUUUCCCUCAUAUUCUUCUUCAGCUUUCACAAUCUUUCAUCAGCAGCCCACAAGAACCAUCACUCAAAGCUGACUAAAGCAACAGUCUUGGACCAUUCCUUUUCUCUUUCUUUUCCUCUAACCUCAGCCCCUCUAUCCAAACAUGCUUCGUCAGAAACAAGCUUUCUCUCGUCUCUUGCUUCAUCAUCAACGAGCACCAAGAAACGGAACCGGAAUGCUGGAGAAAAGGUCGAGCAACCAUUGCCAUACGAUUACAAAUCUUCGUUCAAGUAUUCCAUGGCUCUGAUUGUUUCUCUACCAAUAGGGACCCCCCCACAGAGCCAGCAAAUGGUUUUGGACACCGGAAGCCAACUUUCUUGGAUUCAAUGCAACAAUAAGAGUCCAUCACCGAGAACGGCACCUCCUACGACGACGUUCGACCCUUCUCUUUCCUCUUCUUUCUCCGUUCUGCCUUGUACGCACCCCAUGUGUAAACCCAGAAUUCCCGAUUAUAGCGUUCCAACUUCCUGUGACCAAAAGCAAUUGUGCCACUACUCUUACUUCUAUGCCGACGGCACAUUGGCAGAGGGCAAUCUCGUCAGAGAAAAAUUCACGUUUUCUAGUUCCCAGAGUACCCCUCCCCUGGUUCUUGGAUGCGCAGCCGAUUCGAGCGAAGACAAGGGCAUUUUGGGAAUGAAUCAGGGGAGAUUAUCCUUUGCCUCCCAAACUAAGUUGCAAAAAUUCUCUUAUUGUGUGCCCGUCCGACAGGGUCAAGGUAACAUAAUGCCCGCGGGAGGAUUUUACCUAGGCCAAAAUCCGAACUCAAACACUUUUCAGUACAUCGAUCUUUUGACUUUUGCGAAUGGUCAACGCAUGCCCAAUUUUGACCCUCUAGCCUACACCAUCGGGCUAGUGGGCAUGAGAAUUGGCACCAAAAAAUUGAACAUAUCGGAAUCCGUGUUCCGGCCCGACGGUGGCGGUUCCGGCCAGACGAUGAUCGAUUCCGGCACCCAGUAUACAUUUUUGGUCGAGGAGGCAUACAAUAAAGUGAGGGAAGAAGUUGUACGGCUAGCAGGUCCAAAAUUGAAGAAGGGGUACGUUUACGGUGGUUCGCUGGACAUGUGUUUUGAUGGCAACCCUGUUGAAAUUGGGCAGCUGAUAGGGGAUAUGGUUCUAGAAUUUGAAAAGGGUGUCGAAAUAUUUGUUAAUAAAGAAAGAAUCAUGGAUGAUAUGGGUAACGGGGUGCAUUGUCUGGGCAUCGGACGGUCACAGUCCCUUGGAGUUGCAAGUAACAUUAUCGGCAACUUCCAUCAGCAGAAUCUGUGGGUGGAAUUUGAUUUGGCCAAUAGAAGAGUGGGAUUUGGAAAAGCCGAUUGUAGCAAGUCUGUGUAGUACCAAAUAGUGCUGCUCUGGCUUGGUAAAUAUUUUUUUUUUUCCUUUUGGGGGGUGAGGUGGCUAGCCGGAGAUAAACGAGAAAUGUAUAAUUCAUGAUAAUGCAUCCGCAGGACUUGGGUUGGGUCCUGUGCUGUUGUGCUGUAUAAAGUAUUACUACUGUAUUGUGCUAGUGAAGAUAUUUUUUUAUUUUAUGUC